UGUCAGCGUCUAUUUGGUAGCAACCGUCUCUAGAAAACGCCCGUAGCCAUCACGUUUCAGCCGUAGACCGUCUGUUUGUUUUCAAAUCCAUUUUCCAUCUUUUCAUACCUUAAAACAAUCACAGCCAUGGGUUUGUCUUUCUCCAAGUUGUUUUCCAACCUCUUUGGCAACAAAGAGAUGAGAAUCUUGAUGGUCGGUUUGGAUGCCGCCGGUAAGACCACCAUAUUGUACAAAUUGAAGUUGGGAGAAAUCGUCACCACCAUCCCCACCAUUGGCUUCAACGUCGAAACUGUAGAGUACAAGAACAUCUCCUUCACCGUCUGGGAUGUCGGUGGACAGGACAAGAUCAGACCUUUGUGGAGAUACUACUUCCAAAACACACAAGGUAUCAUCUUCGUUGUCGACUCCAACGAUAGAGACCGUAUCGCCGAAGCCAGAGAAGAAUUGCAGCAAAUGUUGAAUGAAGACGAGUUGAGAGACGCCUUGUUGUUGGUGUUCGCUAACAAGCAAGAUUUGCCCAACGCCAUGAACGCCGCCGAGAUCACCGAGAAGUUAGGCUUGCACUCCAUCCGCCAAAGACCUUGGUACAUCCAGGCCACCUGUGCCACCACCGGUGACGGUUUGUACGAGGGUUUGGAAUGGUUAUCCACUAACUUGAAGAACUCGUCGUAGAUAGUUGUAGUAGAAAAGGCAUUUCCAACAGCGUAAAAGUGUUCAAUUCGCCGCGGGCUCUGCCUGCUAUAUAUCAGUAUACAUGUAAUGCUAUUAUAUAAUUAG